GCACCAAAAGCAGCUUUUCCCGGCCCCAUGGCUCCUGUGCCCAUGGAGGGUCCGUGGCUGCAGGGGCUUCAACCCCUGCGGUGCCAGGCAGGGCUUGGCCACGUGUCCCUCCCGUUUCACCCAGUCCCCUUGGCCCUGCUGGCCGCCGCUCACGCCUUCCCCGGCACAGCCCUGCUGUUUACCCAGCCCCGGGGCUGGGCUUCCCAGCACAGCCCCGCCGUCUCUCUGCGAGCCGCCGACCAUCGGGGCUGCCGGCUGAGGCUCCUGCCGCCUCCAUGCUGUCCCCGGAGGAUUUGGUGGCCGCAGCCGCGGUGCUCAUGGGGCUGGGCCUCCUAGCUUGGUGCCUUUGGGCAGGGAGCCUGGAGGUGCCUGGAGACGUGGGAGAGGAGGACGAGGAGGAGGAGGAGGAGGGGAUCCCCUUCAUGGCCGAGGAGGGCUCGGGGCACUGCCGGCUGCUGUGCAAGCCCUCGGCUCUGGCCCAGCACCUGGUGCGGAGCUUGGGGCGCUCAGCGGCGCUGCGGGGGGGACGCUGGCCGUGGCCGAGCUGGCCCCGGCUCCAGAUGCUGUGGCAGCUCCUGCAGCCACCUGAGCCGGAGCCGGUGGUGGCCCGUGAGCUCCUGCAGCUGUCCGACGCUGGGCUGAUUGCCCUGGACUGGUUGGUGGGGCCGUGGGGGGCUGCAGGUGGCGGCGGGGGGGUCUCCAGCCCAGUGCUGCUGCUCAUUCCCAACGCUGCCGGGAAGGUGACGGGGGGGCUGCUGCAGCUGGGGCUGCGGGCGCUGGAGCGGGGCUUCAUCCCCGUCAUCUUCAACCGCCGGGGCCACAAUGGCUGCCCCCUCACCACCCCCCGGCUCCAGCCCUUCGGGGAUCCCGGGGACCUGCGGGAGGCUGUGACGUACCUGCGGUGCCGGCACCCCUCUGCCUCUCUGCUGGCCGUCAGCGAGGGCUCGGGCUCGGGGCUGCUGCUCGCCUACCUGGGCGAGAGCGGCUCCUCCAGCCGCCUGGCCGCCGCUGCCUGCCUCUCCCCCAUCUUCCGUGGCCGGGACUGGUUUGAGGCCAGGAUGCCCUGGCUUUACGAGUGGCCGCUGCUCCUCCACCUCAAGCAGGGAUUGAGCAGGUACGCGGGGGCCCUGGCCGAGGUGGUGGACAUGGACAGGCUCCUGGGCAGCCGCUCGCUGCGGGAGCUGGAGGAAACCCUCUUCUGCCGGACUUGGAGCCGCCCCACCAGCUGGGAGAGCUACUGGGAGCGCAACGAGCCCCUGCGCGACGCGGACGAGGCGGCGGUGCCGGUGCUGUGCCUCUGCAGCGCCGAUGACCCGGUGCGCGGCCCCCUGGCCCAGAGCCUGCCCCGGGAGCUCUUCCGCAGCAGUCCCUACUUCUUCCUGCUGCUGACCCCGCACGGGGGGCACUGCGGCUUCCCCCGGCGGGGGCCGGGGCGCUGCUGGGCCCACGAGGCCGUGCUGGAAUAUUUCAGAGCCAUGGCCGAGUUCCUGCGGAUGGAGGAGAGGAGGAAGGGGCAACCACGGCCCCGCAGGUGGGGGGGUCCCCCGGUCGAGCUCCCCGUGUUCACCUGGCAGAGGUCCUACACGCGGUAGCCCUCCUGGGGCAGGGUCUCACAAAGGCAGGCAGACACUCUGUGUACUAAAAUUACUUUAUUACAGUUGAUUUUUUUUUUUUAACAUUUCCUUUGCUAUGAUACAAAGGAUACUUACAAACAAAAUAUUACAUAUGACCUUAUUUUUUUUUUCUCUUCUCUUAUUUUCUGACAACUUGGUAACAGCUUUAAAUGCACAAUCUAUACAAUUAAUACAGGUUAUAUAUGAGCUAUAAUGUAUGUUGAACCAGAAGAAUACCAGAAUACUGACAAUAUACUGUACAUUAAGCCUUACCAGUUAGUGCUCGUGGCAUUUUCUACAAGAAGGAAAA